AUGGCGCUCGCGCGCGAGCGUCACGGUGACUCGAGCGAUGAGGACGCGUCGCCGAGCGCGAAGCGCGCCAAGGCGAGCGAUGCGCGCUACGACGCGCGUGGGUACGUCCCGGGGGCGCUCAUGCGGGUCACGAUGCACAACUUCAUGACGCAUAAACACGCGACGUUCGAGCCUGGGCCGCGGUUGAACGUCGUGCUGGGACCGAAUGGGACUGGGAAGAGCGCGUUCGUGUGCGCGGUGUGCGUUGGACUCGGUGGAUCGCCGAAAUUGCUCGGUAGAGCGGGAUCGCUUGGAGAUUUCGUCAAGCGCGGCGAGGAGAGCGCGUACACGGAGAUCACGCUGCGGGGACGCGACGCGGCGAAACCGAUCAUCAUUCGACGAGAUUUCAAUAAUCGCGCCGGUGGGGCGUCGACGUGGAAACUGAAUGGGGAAACGGUGAAGCAUGAACGAAUUCAACAAGAGAUGAAGGCGUUGCACAUGCAGUUGGACAAUUUGUGCUCCUUCUUGCCGCAAGACAGAGUGGUGGCGUUUUCGAUGCUCAAUCCGCAGGAGUUGCUGUUAGAGACGGAGAAGGCGAUCGGAAACGCAGAGAUGUACGAACAGCACGAAAAGUUGAAGAAGAUGAAGGAUGGGAUUUUAGAUUUAGAGCGGUCGGUGGAUCAAAAGACGAUGCGCUUGGACAAGCUCGGGCGAGACAACGAAAAGUUAGAACGCGACGUCGAACGGCUUCAAACGCGUGAGAAAUUACUCGACCAGGCCAAAGAUAUGUCUACUAAGAUUCCUUGGCUACUUUAUGAUCGAUGCGCGGUGGAGAGGCAGCAGAUUAUGGCGGCGUACAAGGCGGCAAAGGAAAAGGUGCAACAAGCCAAACUCGAGCACGCAGAGAAACUUAAGGAAUAUCAUGAGCUAGAAACGCCGUACAACGCCAUGGUGGAUAAGAUUAAGGAAGGUCGUGACAAUUACAAGGAUACGAAGAGCACGCUGUCGAAGAUGGAUGCAAAAUUUAACAAACUCGCGGGCAAGCACGACGCGCUGACUCGAUCUCUGAAAAAGGCGCGCGACGAAGCCAACUCUGCUAAGAAGAAGUUACAGAAGCGCGAGGAUACGAUCGCUCUGCUCAAGGCACAACUUAAUGAUGUGCCCGAAGUGCCUAGGGAUAUUGAUCAACAACGAGCGGAGUUGAGAACUCGCACGCAAGCGGUUCAUAACGAAGUCAGAGGCACCGACGAGGCGCUUCGUAAGGCGCAACUUGAAAAGCGCCCGCUCGAUGACGAAUUCCAACGUUUGAAGCGACAACACAAUGCGCUCGAAUCCGUGCGCGAGCAAAAGAUCAUGAGAUUGUCGCAGCAUCGCAAUUUUGGUCGCAUCAAGGAGGCAGAUGACUGGGUACAAAAGAAUAAACCGACGUUUCACGGUGAAGUGCUCGGCCCGCUCAUCGCCGAGAUCGAAGUGACGAAUCCCACGCAUGCCACGUAUAUCGAACAGCAUCUUGGUCCGGCUGUUUUGGCGACGUAUCUCGUCACCGAUCGGCGCGAUGAGCGUAGUGUGAACGACGCCAUGAAGAACUUUCGAAUCAACGUGUGGACGCCAAAGAACAACACGCAGCACGUGCCGGGCGUAGUGAGCCAAGAAUUACGAGACGCGGGCGUGGUUAACACGCUGGAUAAUGUGUUCAAAGCUAAAUCUAUCGUUAAGCGGGCGCUGAGCGAAACGCACCAAAUUACCAAAGUGCACGUGGGAGGCAACACGCUCGAUUCGGCGACCAUCGAACGCCUAUUCAGACAAAAGAUAUCCAGUCACAUUUACUGCCCGAAAGGCGUGUACAGAGCAAACCGGUCUCGAUACGACCCCAACGCGUUUUCCAUGGGUCAAAACAGUAUUCGACAGGGCCAGCUCUUCGGGCGCCAGACUGAUGAAAACCUCACAGAGGUGAAGAACAAACUCGCCGAAGUCCAGAGAAAGCUCGUCGCUGUGAACGAAAAAGUGAGCGAACUCCAGAAGUUGCACAACGCCAAACAAGGCCAGCUCACGGAGUUACAAAGAGAGAAGAAUAAUUUGAAUAGACUACAGCAACAACCAGAAACGAGGAAGAGGAUGAUUCAGACGCAGAUUGCGCAACACACCGAUUUGAUGGCUCAAGACAAAGCGGCGGCAGACAUUGCGAACAUCGAGCGCAAGACUGCGGCUGAAAAGGCAAGCAUAUCGAAAGAGCGAGUGAUGUGCGCGAGUGAGUUGUGCGACGUCGUCCUCUCCAGUCACGAGGCGUCGAUCUCGCUCACGUUGAAGGUUUUGCAGUCGGUCGAAAAGCAAGUGCAGAUGACGAAACUGCAAGAGGCGCUGCAGGGUAUUGAAGACAGAGUUAUCAACACAAAAGCCAAGCGUGACGAUCUCAAAGCGCGCUUUCAAGCCGAAACUGAGCGCGCCGCGGCGUUGAAACGAGACGCCCUCGCCGUCACGGGCGACCUCACCGAGGAAAUCAACAAGAAGUUCGAACAAUGGCCGAUUACUAUCGAAGAGCUGGAAUUCGACAUCUCGCGACUUCAAGAGCAAGCGGAUGCGAUCUUGUGUCACAAUCCAGCGGUUUUGGAUGAGUUUAAUAAGCGUAAAGCCGAAAUGGCGACGCUCACCAAGACGCUCGCGAGCGAAAAAGCCGAGCUUGCGGUGGAACACGCGGCAAUCACCUCGGUGAAGAAUGAAUGGUUGCCCAAGCUUCGAAAGAUUGUGGCGAAAAUCAGUGACGACUUCUCGCGGAAUUUCGCCAACAUCGGGUGUGCCGGACAGAUUUCUCUCGCUGGUGACGGUUCCCGCGAGCACGACGGCUUUGGCGACGAUUUUGCGAGCUAUGCGCUGGAAAUCCGAGUCAAGUUUCGCCCGAACGAGGACAUGCACUUGCUCGACGCACACCGUCAAUCAGGCGGUGAACGUUCGGUGACGACGAUGCUGUACAUGAUCGCGUUGCAAGCGUCCACGAGCGCCCCUUUCCGAGUCGUUGACGAGAUCAAUCAAGGUAUGGAUGCGCGAAACGAGCGCAAAGUGUUCAAGCGCAUGGUCGAGGCGGCGAGCGCGCCCGGAACACCCCAAUGUUUCGUCAUCACACCCAAACUGCUCACGCAACUGGAGUACAGCGAAGAUUGCACUGUGAUGUGCAUUUUCAACGGUCCGCACGUGCACGAGAUGGCGAAGAAGUGGCGCGAGAUGCAAGCCGCCUUUGACUGCGUUCGAGCGCGAUAG